AAAGGACCUACUCACCCCUUUUACCAACUAACACUACAUAACCCACUCAACCGUGAAUACAAUAACAUAUUCCGAAUCGAAUUAAUUAACAAUAGACGUCAGCAACCGAAUAGUUUAUAAAAAGAUACUAUCGAAAGCUCACAUAUGUCUGCUAACGCCAUAGGAUAGGAAAUCCCUCAGUGUUGUAAACGACGCGACGCGCAAAAGACGUCUGUAACCGUUUCGGCCAACGCCACCACGUGUUUUGAGAAAUACAGACGAAAAAAUAAGCAAUAAAAUAUUAUAUCUAAAUUUAUUUAUGUAAAUAUACAAGUACGUUUAAGUAAAGUUAAAGUCAGUGGUGAACAUUGUGUAGUGAAAGCGAUUGUUGAUGUUAUAAGUGUUGCCGGUGAUGUGUUUGUUGGGGAGUUCGCGAUGGAUUAUCGUUUUGACAAUGGUGAUGCACGUCGGGAUAGUGAGGAAUACAGAAACGCGAACACCAAAACCAAAAGAACUAAGACCCGAAUACAUUCACCCUGACGGCGUCGAAAACCUGGACCCCUACCUCAAAGACUACCAACCAAAAGACAACGAUUCCGAAGACGAAGAAGACGAAGACUACCUCCCACUACCCGACAACCACGAAACUAUAGAAGGCUUACCAAUAUUCCUUAUAGAACCUAAGAACUCUUACGUGCUCAAGAAUAAACCGGCGACGUUACUCUGCAGAGCCGCAAACGCUUUGCAAGUUUACUUCAAGUGCAAUGGGGUGAGGAUAGAUAAGACUGCCCAGUUUGAGCACGUAGACCCCCAGAAUGGAGUGAGAGUGGUGGAGUCGGAGCUCAACGUGACUAGGAAUGAGCUGGAUGAGUAUUUCGGCAGUGGGAGGUACAACUGUGAAUGCUUCGCGUGGAACAGCAAGGGUCAUAUCAGGAGUCAAGGGGUUUUUGUUGAACUGGCUUACAUAAAGAAGCAGUUCACCAUAGCCCCCCAGUCGGCCUCGAUCGAGGUGGGGCGCAGCGUGAGUCUCCGCUGCGUCCCCCCCGCCUCGGCCCCCCCCUCCAGCCUCACCUGGCUGCGGAAUGGGCUGGCACUGGAGGCACGGGACGAGAAUCUGGUGCUGCCACGGGUCAGCUUGCAGGACAUGGCGAAUUAUACCUGUUUGUCGGAGAACAUCGCCGGCCGACGGGAAUCUGAGCCCGCUGUGCUAACUGUCUAUGUAAACGGCGGUUGGUCGGACUGGUCACCAUGGUCGCCAUGUCGCUGUGGGACUGCGACGGGCGGCAAGCGACGCACGCGCAGCUGCACGCAGCCCGCGCCGGCCAAUGGCGGCGCGCCGUGCCGCGGCUCAGCCAAUCAGAGGAGCGAGGACUGCUUGCAGUGUCAGAGCGGAGGAGUCUGGUCUCCGUGGGGACCGUGGUCCUCCUGCACCGCCGACUGUCUCCGGGUGAGGAAGCGGCAGUGCGCCGGCACUUGUUCCGGCCCCACGCUCCAGCACGCGGCCUGUGUCGAUGGCCUUUGUGCUAACAGUUCAGUGAGCCAGCACACGGCGGCUAUCCUGCUGGGUCUCGGGGCGGCGCUGGCCGUGCUGGCCGCCGGCGCCGCGCUGCUGUGUGUGUGGUGCCGUGGCAGGAACGUCAGACGGCCUGGGUACACUAUUGCUAGUUCUGGAAUUCCAAAAUCGUACAGCGGCCGCGACAAGGGCGCCGCGCCAGAUCUGACCAGGUCCUGCAACGAAUACUGGAUGUCGUCAGAUAACCACUACGAUAUGCCCCACGUCCGAGACAGUUACUCUUCCCCCUUCGGCCACAGAAGCGCGUCGCGGGCGCCCUCAGCCGGCGGCAGCAACCACUACGAGAUGAAGCCUUAUAGUCCUUCAGCGGAGUCGGGGUCCAGCUCCUGCACUUAUACUAGAACAAUAACGUCUAGAUCCAGUGACUAUUCCACGUCACCUCUAGCUGAGCUGGUGUCCACUUCCCCUCCAUCUUCAUCCAAGGUCAACGUAGCCGUGACCUUGCCCGGGGUUCCUAUGGAUUCAAGUUAUAGAGAUAAAAUUUGUUUGACUGUUGUGAAGUAAGCCUGUAUGUUCUUGCGAUAUUAUUGUACUGUAGAUAAUUAUUGUUAAUCACUGCCAUGUGAAAUAUCUGUUCGAUUCAGGGGGGUUACUCUCUAAUUCAACGACACAAUUAUCGUUCGUUUGUUCAUCGAUUUAUACAGGGUGUUGCAAAAAGGGUAUACUAAGCCGAAAGCUACAUGUGCAGCAUGGUAUAUCUAAGCCCGAAACUGAAAUCAGGAUUUCAAAAUUCG